GUUGCUGUCUGUGUGUGCGUGCGGUCCUGCUGUCUUCAGCAAUUACUAGAGAAACCAAAGGUGGCCUUGCUCUCGCUCUAAUAAUGAUGUUUUCUCAAUUUCUCUUCCUGGGUUGGUCUCAGAAAAACAUCAGGUUUUGAGCUUCUGAUCUGCUGAGUCCUUUUUGUAACUUGUAGAAAUCAGUUUUUGGGUUUUCAGAUUCAGUGGAAGUGUCAACUGGGUUUUUUUCUGCACAUCAAAAAUCUAGCGGGAGAGCUUAAUAUCAAGGUAUAUAACAUUGAUUGUCAGCUUGUGAGAAAGAAAGGUUUUGAUUCCUAAAUUGGGUGACUUUCAGUUUGGAAAGGAAUAACUUUCUCUGUAGGAAGAUUGGAGUUCAAGUGCAAAAAAGUGUUUUGAUUUAUCUGCCGAAGGUUUUUUUGCUUCAAAGAAAUCUGGGGAUCAGAAUCUCAACCUAGUGGAGGUGAUACGUGUGGAGACAUACUGAGAAUUUGCUGCAACAGUUUUUGUCUGAUCAUGGACAAAUAGAAUCCCAAAUACAAGGAAGGGGAUUUCUUUGAGAUUUUCUGCUACUUUCGGUGGGAUUUUGCGGGUGAUCAUGGAGAAACAGAAGAGCUUUAGGGGUGCUACAAUGGAGAGACAACAGACUUUUCGCGGGGUCGAUGAAAAGCAGGGUCAUGCUCGUGGGGCAAUGGAAAAACAACAGAGUUUUAAAGGGGUUAUGGAGAAGCAAAAAAGUUUUCGAGGGUUGAUGGAGAAGCAGAAGAGCUUUCGCAUAGUCAUGGAAAAACAGCUGAGUUUCAUAAGUGGUGAUAGGAGGAAGAGCAAGGAUUCGCCGGGAAAAAGAGGAGACUUGCCCCUUCAUUUGGCGGCUCGGGCAGGGAAUUUAAGUAGAGUGAGGGAGGUUCUUCAGAGUUGUGAUGGUGAUGAGGCCAAGAAUUUGUUGGCAAGGCAGAACCAGGAGGGGGAGACUCCCCUUUAUGCUGCGGCGGAUAAUGGGCAUGCUUUGGUUGUUGGGGAGAUGUUGAAACAUUUGGACCUGCAAACCGCAUCUAUUGCUGCCAGGAACGGGUAUGAUCCGUUCCAUAUUGCUGCAAAGCAGGGUCAUCUGGAGGUGUUGAAGGAACUUUUGCAAGUAUUCCCCAACUUGGCCAUGACCGCAGAUCUCUCCAAUUCAACGGCUUUACACACAGCUGCUACUCAGGGCCACAUUGACAUAGUCAACCUUCUUUUGGAAACAGACUCCAACCUUGUUAAGAUAGCCAAGAACAAUGGCAAGACUGUCCUUCAUUCUGCUGCGAGGAUGGGGCAUUUGGAGGUUGUAAAGGCCCUACUAAAUAAAGACGUAAGCACUGGCUUUAGGAUUGAUAAAAAAGGCCAAACUGCAUUGCACAUGGCUGUGAAAGGGCAAAAUGAGGAGAUUGUGCUGGAACUGAUAAAACCUGACCCAUCGGUUUUGAGUUUGGAGGAUAAUAAGGGAAACACAGCGUUGCAUAUUGCCAUAAAAAAAGGCCGUGUUCAGAAUGUACGUUGUCUGAUGUUAGUUGAGGGUAUUAAUAUCAAUGCCAUGAACAAGGAUGGAGAGACCCCUCUUGACAUUGCAGAAAAAUAUGGAUCUCCAGAACUAGUCUCCAUUUUAAGGGAAGCAGGGGCCACCAAUUCUAAAGACGGAAAACCUCCAAGUGCAGCAAAGCAACUUAAGCAGACUGUCAGUGACAUAAAACACGAUGUCCAAUCACAACUGCAACAGACCCGUCAAACUGGUUUCAGGGUCCAGAAAAUUGCAAAGAAGCUAAAAAAGCUUCACAUUAGUGGUCUCAACAAUGCCAUAAACUCUGCAACUGUUGUUGCAGUUCUCAUUGCUACUGUUGCUUUUGCAGCCAUCUUUACUGUACCUGGCCAGUAUGUUGAGACUAAAAUUGCGAAUACUUCGCUUGGACAGGCCAAUAUAGCAAAUAAUCCGGCUUUCAUAAUCUUCAUCGUGUUUGAUAGCCUGGCAUUAUUCAUUUCCCUGGCUGUUGUUGUAGUCCAAACAUCCGUAGUCGUUAUAGAACAAAGGGCGAAGAGGCAGCUUGUGUUUGUGAUUAACAAGCUUAUGUGGCUGGCUUGUCUCUUCAUUUCAGCUGCCUUCAUUUCUCUGGCGUACGUGGUGGUGGGCUCACACUCCCAAUGGCUUGCCAUGUGUGCUACAGUAAUAGGUGCUACAAUCAUGCUUACUACCAUUGGCUCCAUGUGCUAUUGUGUCAUUUUACAUAGAAUGGAGGAGAAGAAAUUGAGGAACAUAAGGAAAGCUGAGAGCCGAUCUCGUUCUUUCUCUGUUUCUAUGGCAUCAGAACCUGAGAUUUUGAACAGUGAAUAUAAGAGGAUGUAUGCACUCUGAUAUCAUUGGAAUUUGGGAGAAGUAAAGCAUAAGUUGGAAGGAUUGGAUAGCCUAAUAUACCUCAAUCUAUAGCUUAAUAUAACUAUCUGCCCCGCCUGCCCAAGUAAUCAACACAUGGUUGUACGAGCUCAAGCUGAGGUUUUCUGUGAGUACAAGAAGAAAUGAAAAGAGUACUUGACAUCAGCAAUCAGGUGAAGAGGGUAUGAGGUUGUUCAAAUUGUCAUCUAGUGCUUGCUUUGCACCUACACAAAAGCUUCAUUUAAAAGGGUACCCCAAUUUCCUUCUCCUGCUGGUCCUCUAUGGUAUUUACAUUGCCAUGAUUUAGAUAAGUAAUCAAAUUGUAUCCUAGAGAUCAGUAUAGAAUUUGUUAGAAGCUCAAGAGCAGGCUGGGGGUGCCAACAAUUAAUGUCUAUUUAACUACAAGCUUUGGAGGUCAUAGAUACUCCAUUUAUGUGCAAAUGCUGUAGUGGCUUAUGAUGUUAAUAAUCAGCUUGCAAUUUCUUUUUC